AUGCCCCCAGAACCUCACUCUAGUGGUACUACCCGAAAAAGUCGGGAAUGUCGCUCGACGGGCUCUACCAAGCAGGUCCGUUUCCCUACGCGGCGCAGGAGAGUUCGGGGCCAGAGCAAUGGGGUCCAGAAACGAGAGAACUCGUCGUUGAAGCGAGGAAAUUCAUCGUUGGAGCGAAAAGGCCCGUCGUUGAAGCAGCAGACAUUGACACAGAUGAGUUUCGUCUCGUCAUUCGGUGAAGAAGUUACCUUGGCCUUGACGGAUGACGAUGCCUCAGAUGAAGACAGGACAGCUUGUGACAAGAGUGGCUUGACGGUUCCUCAACGGGAAUCUGAAACUCUGUUAACAAAGGAGCCACUAGAGUUGGCGACAAGAGAAGAUGCCAUCAUUAUUCAAGAUUCCUGUGGCUCAACUUACGACGGCUCUGACGAUGACGAUGCACCAGCCGGUGUCAACAUCUCUCCUCCACAAUGGCCUGAACAUGUACAGGAAGCUGCUGCGAUGCCUCCCCGAUCUGUGGAAUGGGCCGGUUCGUUGGAUGUAGUUAGAGAUUCUCCACGGCGCCGUGCGCAUCUGAGCAGAAAUCUGGAGGAAUUGGAAAGCACCCAGAGCUCUCAAGAAGACGGCGCAUCGUUAUCGGCACAUGUCCAUUUUGCAGCUGUGGAAGCGGAUGACCGGGAAAUUCCAGACUCGGACGAGGAAGACAAUGAGGAGCUGCAGCUGAGAGAUUUCAGCAGGCUGAUACACCAAGAAACGCUCUACGCCGGCCACGAGACUCAACUUAUUAUGCAGGAAAUGGCUUCUUUGGAGGACCCGGUACUAACCCCUGAGAAUUCACCAAACAGAAGACAGCCGACGGCGUCUCAUAAUUCGCUCGCCUUGACGCCAUCGGAUGGAAUUGUGGAUGGCAAACAUGACUUUCUGAUGGAAGAUACUCAGAGCCAGCCUACUGCAAUACCACAAACUCCUGCCUUCUCAUUACCAUCAUCACAAACGACGCAAGUCGGCCCCGAUGACCAAACUGGUUUCAGCCAAGGGCAUAAUAAUCACCACGCUCCAACACAUACACAAUUGCCCAGUCAGGGUCAGAUCUUUGAGUCUCAGCGCGUGCCACUUCAAAUUCUCCAGUCUCUCGCCCCAGUAUCCGCGCGCACGGAUAUCCUCAUUCCCACGCCAUCCGAAGUACUUGAUCCCAUCAUUAGCGGCUCCGAGGCAUUUGUCCAUCUUGCUUAUCGAGUGCCCGAAGAAGUCCAGCGGUUCUGGCUAUUCAGCCACGGUUUAUUACGCUACAUGGCCUGUAUACAGCCUGGCAGGCCUCACGGUCGUGGCUGGGAUUACCAGAUUGACCAAGUCUAUCAGCUCAAUAACGCAUUGGAAGAGCGUGAUAUGCAAGAAGAAGGAUGGGUAAAUGGCGAGGUCCGACGAUACAUUUACCUUCCUCCGGCAAUAGCGGGCCAGCUUCUGUGGAAUUUGAGAUGCGCCACGUUUGGCCAAGAUAGAUCACAAAAAGACGAUAAGAUUGAAAUAUCAUCAAAUCACCCGACAUCCAGCCAUAAGGACCCGACUAGUUCAGCUACCACUCUACAGUCAGCCAAAACUAGUACUGCUUACAUCCGUGACCACGAUACUGCUGGCCAGCCAAGCAGCUUAAUCUUACAAGACUAUGGGAGCUCUACAGCUACUCUCCCGGCUAAUGCUGUCUUUGGCUCAUCUCCGCUUUUGACAAAGAGCCAAAUGCUCUCUGACAGUUUGAUAAGCGAUAAACUAUAAUACCAUUGGAGCGCUGAAAGAAGAAAAUAAUGGUCAAAAAGAUGGACUUAAGCUAGCUAUCAUCUCUGCUUGAAUUAUCACGCUUACCAAUAUGUGGAUGCCCCUUGCUUCAUUAUCGUUAGCAUCUUGACGGCCUUUCCAUAGAAGCCACUAUGAUUGAUAUAUAUAUACAGUCUUAGCAUGAAGGCUUAUUAUGAAGACUUGGUAGCGGCAAA